AUGGGUAAGGGAAUGAAGGAAUGUAUGUUAGAUUUAUAUAAUUUGAUCUGGAAAAGCGGAUGUAUCCUCAAAGCUUGGAAGAGGGUGGUAAUAAAGUUUCUGGAAAAACCGGGGAAAAAGGCUUUGAGACCCAUAUCGUUGAUUAGCUGUUUAGGAAAAAUAUUGGAAAGACUAGUUAAGAAUAGAUUGGGGGAAUGGGCGGAUACAGAAGAAAUUGUGGACCACCGACAAAGUGGUUUUACUAAGGGCAGAUCUACUAUGGAUAAUCUGGUAGCAUUAACCAUAGAUAUUAAAAGGGGUUUCAGAGAGAAAAAAGAUACAUGUGGAGUUUUUGUAGAUGUUAAAUCGGCCUAUGAUCAUGUCAAUCAUACUAAAUUGAUAGAACUCUUGAAGAGAAGGAUGUGUCCCAUAAUGUUAACCAAUUUUUUAUCUAAUUGGUUGAAGGAUAGGUCAGCUUUGUGUAGUAGGAAGUUUAGAGAUGCGAUUCAUGGACGGGUUAAGAGAGGUCUCCCACAGGGAUCGGUUCUUAGCCCUUUAUUGUAUAAUAUUUAUACCUCCGAAAUAUGCAGAGGUAUGGAACAGGAGAGGGUUAAGGUUCUGCUUUAUGCGGAUGAUAUUGUGGUUUACAUAACAGGAGAUAACAUAAGUAAUAUGAAAGGAAAAAUCAAAGGGGCAGUAGAUAUUUUAUUAAACAAUCUAAAAGAAUUGGGGUUGAGCUUGGCAGAGGAUAAAUCAAAAGUAGUUAUUUUCACAAGGUCUAGAGAUAAAAAGAGGAUGGAAGGAGAGUUUAGGAUAGGUCGGGAGUGGAUUAAAAGUGAGGAACAAGUUACCUUUCUGGGAAUGAUCUUGGAUAGGGCUUUAAAUUACAGAAAACACAUAGAGAUGGUAAAAGAUAGAGUUAGAAAGAAGCUGGAUAUUCUAAGGUUCAUAGUGGGUAUUAAGAAAGGGGUUAAACCAGGAACAAUGUUGAUAUUUUUUAAAGGAUUGAUAAGAUCAGUAAUUGAAUACGGUUUGUUUGUUUAUUUUUGGGAUAAUAUAAAGUCACUGAAAAAGAUUAUGAGGUUACACAAUGCGGGAAUCCGCAUUGCUAUGGGAUAUAGAAUAACUACACCAAUAAAUGUCAUGAAUACCGAGGCUGGCAUAAUGGACUUGGAGUCCAGAGCCGAGGCCCUAUUAGAGAGGUUUGUAAUGAGGCAGAGAACAAAGGGAAAAGGGGUAGUCUAUGAUUCCCUUAUGAGAUCGCUGGUGGUAAGAGACGAGGUAGGGACAGAGGAAUGGGAUCCAUGGACGAGAGCGUGGUGCAAAGCAGAAGGAAUAGCGGGAAGAAUCUUGAAUGAAAGGGUAGAUAGGGAUUUGAGUAAUAAGGAACGAGAUUUCUUAGAAAAUGGGGGAAUGUUAGUGGACUGGGAAUCAGGAAAGGAUAGGAAAACGGCCACGUUCUCCGACUCCCGCCUAUCCGAAAAAGUCAAAGAAAGACUGUGGCCGGGAAUAAACAACGAAGAGGUAAUUGAAAUUUUUACGGAUGGGUCAAAAAAGGACUUUAAUGAGGUUGUUGGUGCGGGAUUGGUAUACCGAGUUGGGGAGGGGGAAUGGCAUGAGGAGUCAUGGUCUUUAAACAAAAUUACUUCGGUUUUUUCAGCAGAAGCUUUUGCAAUUUUACAGGCAGUUAAAAAAGCAAGGGCAAAUUGGGGUAGGAGCAGAAUAGUAAUCCUGACGGACUCUGCUAGCGUUUUAAAAAAACUAAUGGGGUAUACUAGAAGGAUGGGCAAUAACCCGUGGAUAAAGAAAAUUGUAAGUGAAAUGAUGAACUUGGAACUGGAGUAUAAAAGGACGGAAAACCGACACCCGGACCUACCUUGCCCAGGUAACAGGCUGGGAUUUGCAUGGAUCCCCAGCCAUGAGGGCAUCGAAGGGAAUGAGAGAGCCGAUACGAUAGCGGGUGAGGCCACUUAUGGGGAGGAGACAUAUGAACAUGGAAUAGUGGAAAAGGAUGCAAUGAACUAUAUAAUGAAUAGCGCGUGGGUUAGAAACUUUGAUAGAGCAAAAAGAAAGGGGGAAUUUAAGGGAAUAAAGUAUUUUAGGAUGGAAAAAAAUAAUGUAGGAUCAAAAAAACCGUGGUUUGAUGGGAUAAACGGCUUAGGAAGGGGAGACCUAGUUAAAUUAAGCAGGAUUAGGGCUAAUCAUUUUAAUUUGGGAGAAUCAUUAUUUAGGAAAAAUCUUACAAAUACAAAGGGAUGUAAAUGCGGUGCUGCAUUGGAGUCUAUUGAACAUGUCAUAUGGGAAUGUGACAGGUUUUGGGAAAAUAGAGAGGAACUAGAUAGUUUCCUAAUAUCAAAAGGUUUUCCGGAGGGAGCAGGUGUAAUAGAAAUGCUAAUGGAGGGCGACCUAGGAGUAAUCAAACGCAUUGCCAGGUUCCUAAACAAACUGGGAAAAGUUAUCUAA